AGGACAGGCGCGCUUCAUAGCUGCCGGGAUGCGGCCAUAUUGGUAAAGUAUUGGGACCAAGGUAGAACCGAAUUCCCUGUUCUCGCGGGAGCUGGAGGUGGGACUGCCACGUCCGAGCAAACCGGGAAAGGAGAGGAUCCCGGAGCCGGUGAGAAUAGCCCGCUUUUCUCUGCUGUCCUUUCCAAGCCUUUUUUCUCAACUAGUGGGCCAUAGAGACGAGGGCCCAGAGAGUCCAAGAGUGGAGGAUCAAAGCCUAGAGCGGUAUCCCGGGGGCCCUACAUCCGGGAAGGGGUUCGGGAUAAAGAAAACGAAUCUUGGGGACAAUGUGGGUGGGGACAGAAUGGGACGGGGAAGCGGUCCAUAGACGUGGACAGAGGGCGCUAUCGGAGUAAAGCGGACCCUGUAUAGGUAUACAGUUGAGGGUCAAGUGGAGUCAUUGUCUGUGUCCCUCUGGUCAGCGUGAUGGCCAGAGGCCUGGGGGCCCCCCACAGGGUGGCCGUGGGACUGCUGACGUGGGCAGCCUUGGGGCUGCUAGUGGCCGGACACGGGGGUCAUGGCGACCUGUACGAAGACCUGCAGGAGGACUUGCAUGGCCACAGCCACAGGCAUUCACAUGAGGAUUUCCACCAUGGACACAGCCAUGCCCAUGGCCAUGGCCAUGGCCAUACUCAUGAGAGCAUCUGGCAUGGGCAUACCCACGGUCACCAUCAUGGACAUUCACAUGAGGAUUUGCACCAUGGCCAUAUUCAUGGCGACUCCCAUGAGAGCCUCUACCACCCAGGACACGGACAUAACCAUGAGCACAGCCAUGGAGGCUAUGGGGAAUCUGGGGCUGCAGGCAUCAAGCAAGACUUGGACACUGUCACUCUCUGGGCCUAUGCACUAGGGGCCACAGUGCUCAUCUCUGCAGCUCCAUUUUUCGUCCUCUUCCUUAUCCCGGUGGAGUCCAACUCACCUCGGCACCGCUCUCUGCUCCAGAUCCUGCUGAGUUUUGCUUCGGGUGGGCUCUUGGGAGAUGCCUUCCUGCACCUCAUUCCUCAUGCUCUGGAACCCCAUUCUCACCACCCUCUGGAGCAGCCCGGACACGGACAUUCCCACAGUGGCCAGGGCCCCAUUCUGUCUGUGGGACUGUGGGUCCUCAGUGGAAUUGUCGCCUUUCUUGUGGUGGAGAAAUUUGUGAGACACGUGAAAGGAGGACAUGGACACAGUCACGGACAUGGACAUGCUCACGGUCACACGCAUGGAGGUCAUGGACAUGGAAGACAGGAGUGUCCUUCAAAGGAAAAGCAGAGCUCAGAGGAAGAAGAAAAGGAAGCAGGGGGGUCGAGGAAGAGAAGAGGAGGGAGCACAAGGCCCAAAGAUGGGCCAGUGAGACCUCAGCAUUCUGGAGAGGAAAAAGCAGGGUCAGACUUGCGUGUGUCAGGGUAUCUGAAUCUGGCUGCUGACCUGGCACACAACUUCACGGAUGGUCUAGCUAUUGGUGCUUCAUUUCGAGGAGGUCGGGGGCUCGGGAUCCUGACCACGAUGACUGUGCUGCUACAUGAAGUGCCCCAUGAAGUGGGGGACUUUGCCAUCUUGGUCCAGUCUGGCUGCAGCAAAAAGCAGGCGAUGCGUCUACAACUUCUGACGGCAGUAGGGGCACUGGCAGGCACAGCCUUUGCCCUCCUAACCGAAGGAGGGGCAGUGGGCAGUGAAGUUGCAGGUGGCACAGGUCCUGGCUGGGUUCUGCCAUUCACUGCAGGUGGCUUUAUCUAUGUAGCAACGGUUUCGGUCUUGCCUGAGCUGUUGAGGGAGGCAUCACCAUUGCAGUCACUUCUGGAGGUGUUGGGGCUGCUGGGGGGAGUGGUCAUGAUGGUGCUGAUUGCCCACCUCGAGUGAGAGGCAGGGUAAACCACCCCCACUCCAGCCCCAAAGUCCUAAGCCCUUCAGGUUAGGGGUCUGGAGGUUGGGGGCCCUGACCUCGGAUAUCUGCCAGAGGAAGGAGUUGUAUCCUAGGGAAAUGGUGACUUUGGCUUAAAGAUCUUCAAGAUUUGGCUCUAGAGGUGGGGUUGACCAGCCCAGUGGGACCACAGUUGGGUGGGUCUGGGAUGCUAAGUGGAACCAUGAAGAAGGUUGGAAGAGAGAAGAGUUAUGGCAGCCUAGCGCUUGUCUCCCACCCCCACCUGUUCACAGGGGACCAAGCUGCCACACAGGCUUCUCCAAGGUCUACCUCUCUCCCACCUGUUGGUGAAGAAGGCUUCAGGGAAGACCCGAGCCCUAGACAAAAGGGACAGCACGAGAAGUCAGGGAUAAAUGUCAAUUGUGUGUCCUGAUUUGGGAGUGAUUGUGGGGGAGGGGGGCUAGUUGUUAAUCUCAUGGCCUGAUUUUUUUGUUUCUAUUCUUUUAUAUCAAUGUUUGGAUCGAGGAGGAGGGAUGGUGAACGGAAAUAAAGUCCUCGGAUCUUCUGCUCCA